AUGGUCCGACAUGGCAGCCCGUCGCCGGCGGACAACUUUGCGCUCGGCCACUCUGCAACCUCGCCGCAACCGCAGCCCUCGAAGCGGGAUAAACGGCGCAACAUGCUGGCCGAGAAGCUUGCGGACUUGAUGGCGUCCUUUUCCGACAACAGGGACACUCAUUACAGAGCCCAGCUUGCAGCGCUGCAAGCCGACAUAAAUCUCAUCAUGAAGGCAGACCCGUAUGCCAACCAGCCGCUCGAGGAUGGCGGAGAGGAGGCUUCGGAGCUCAUCUCGCAAAUCAUGGGCAACAAUGUGCCGAGUGCGCCCAGCGCCGGUACUGACUACAUUGCGCAGUGUGGCAAACACUAUUCGCGCUUUGUGGAUGCCGUCAACGAUGCCAUGGAGGAGCGCGAUUACAACCUCACCAUGCUUUGGAACAAACACGAGAACUCGAGGAACGAAAUCGAGAAUUCCCACUUCUACAAAGUCCAGGUCGCCGAAGAAGAGCACAAACUGCUCGCUGCUACAAUCCGCGAGCGCCUCAUCGCAAGCAUACAAACACGGACAGGGCGGCUGAAGCGAGAGAAGGAGCAAUUGGAUCUGACCGACAGCAACGCCAUGCUCCUUCACCCCAACCAGUUCAGUAUUGGCCAUCCUGCCAGCCCCGGCGGACCACAAGCGCCUCGCAAGACACGGCGAACGGGACACAAAUUCGGAGACGCCGAAGACAUGGCAGCAGCCAACGAACACAAGCGCAAGCGCAAGCUGUUCGAAGACAACGACAACGACUCACCAGGCCCUGCAGGCCGAAAUAUCGAAAUGGGCAUCGGCUCACCCUUCCGCGAAGCCAAAGCACGCACCAUCAACGCGCAAUUCGAAUCCUCGGCCUACUCCCUCGAGCGACUCUUUACCGAGAAAGAGCUCAACAUGGCUAUGAACCAGGCCACAACCGCCGCUUCGCACUUCUUCGCAAAGAUGAAGCACGCCGACACCACUCCCCAAGAAGCCACAUCGAACGGCAAUGGCACCACCAACGGGCACACAAACGGUGACCACGCCUCGGAAAAUGGCGACGCCGCAGAUCCAGACCAAGACUCGGACGACGUACCCGGUGCCUCAGACAUGAUGCGCCAAGUCUCCUCUAAUCCUCAUGCGACUCGUGGUGCUACCCGCUCAGCUCUAAACCCCACAGCCGCCAUUGCAAACGGCCAGGUGCCCUUCAUCUACCAACCUCCUUUCCUCCUCGACGCGAAAGUUUUCCAAAAACAAAACGCUGCGGCCCCAACACCCCCCGCGCUCUCCGCGCAGGAUGUGGAGCAGGAUCUCAAGCUCAUGUUGCGGGAUGCUCGGCCAGACGACGAACUCAAUGAGAAGCUUCUGCAAGCCGCAUGCAACCCGGUCAAAGCGAGGGAUUAUCAGGUGCAGCCACCAAACUUUCACGAGCCGGUCAAUGAGAUCACUAGUCACAUCAGGAGUACGGCACCACUACUGGAGGUCGGAGGGUUCGGCGGAGUGCCUAUGUCUGCGCAGAGUAGUAUGGCGGGGUGGAGUGAUGCUGGAGGGAAUACGCCGUUGAGGUAUGGCGAGAGAGAAGCGCUCGUUGUGGGAGGUCAUGGUGGCGGUGUUGCGAUGACAAGGACAGCGAGUGGGAGGGGACGAGGGCGAGGAAGAGGAGGUGGCUAG